UUAUGCUGGCACAGUUGUCUGUUUCGUUCAACAUUUUGUAAAUAGAAAAGAAAUGGCAUAGCACGAGCUAUUUUACUUGAUUUCUGAGCCCUGGUGUGGAGAAAAGAGUAUUUUUAAUUUAUAUCAUUGUAUUUCCUGAAUGCAGGAUCUUUUAGUACCUGUGUAGUUUACGGGCAAUGUGCAACUUGCAGUAUUCUCAUUUAUUUAAUCGAUCUUGGUAUAAUGCUGUUGCCUCCUGUAAAAUGUAGGAAAUUGUAAAUUAGUUUGUAAAGGAAUGAGUGUCAGUCUUUAGUUGAAUGACUGGGCCACACAUGCUCAGCAGGGUCUCUGAAAAUUUUGGCGAGCAUUCGAAAAGUACAAAAAAUGGAUUCUCCUCAUUGGAAUGAUGCCCUUGAUGACGAAAAUGUUUCGGACUCCCAGGCUGAAGAAUCAUUCUUGUGGGGCGGUAAGGAUGGCCUCAUUUUCCUGCUGGAUGCCUCAUUGCCAAUGUUCGAUGUCGAUAAAGAUGGCGAGUGUUGGUUCCGGAAAUGUUUGCAAUGCUGCAGGACGACCAUGCUGAACAAGAUCAUUGGUUCGGAGCAGGACCUGGUGGGCGCGGUGCUGUUCGGGACUGCCAAGACGCAGAACGUCAUAAGCGUGCCCCACGUGUCGACGCUGCAGGAGCUGGAGAAGCCUAGCGCCCAGAAGCUCAAGCAGCUGGGAGAGAUGCUGGAAUCUGCUGAUUUAAAAACAUUUCGGGAGGAGUAUGGACAUAGCAAAAAUUUUGCAUUGGCUGAUGCUUUUUGGGUCUGCCAGACCAUGUUCGCGAAAAUAAACACUCGCCUCAGUGCCCAGCGCAUCUUGCUCUUCACCAACACUUCUGAGCCACACGCUGGGGACCUUCAAGCACAACACCAAGCAAGGAAGAAAGCAGAGGACUUGGGGAAGUCUGGCAUCAGCCUGGAACUUCUUCACAUGGGAGAAAACUUUAAUGCCUCGCUGUUUUACAAGGACCUGCUGUUGCUUGCCAGGGAAGAAGGUGAGGAAGACGGGGAAGAGUGGAUAGUUCCUGACCCGGCGAACCGCUUUGAAGAGCUGAUGACCAGGAUAUGUCGCCGUAACUAUAAGAAAAGAAGCGUUGGCAAAGUAUACUUCACUCUCUUAAACAAUCUCAAAAUUGGCGUUGGCAUAUACAACCUUAUUAGGCCAGCCCCAAAACCAAAGGAAGUGAGACUUAGCGGAGAGACGAAUGAGACUGUGAAGAUGUCCAGUGUGAGCUUUCGUGCCGACACAGCAGAGGUGGUGCUUAAGACAGAGCUGAGGAAGUACCAGAGUUUCGGAGGGCGGAAGAUCAUGUUCACGCCCGACGAAGUUAAAAGCAUUUCUCAGAUAACUGACGUAGGGCUAAAGCUCCUAGGAUUCAAACACGCUAGUGAUUUGAAAAUUCAACAUCACUGCAAGCCAUCCUCGUUCGUGUAUCCGACAGAAGAGCUGGUCAAAGGCAGCACCAGGCUGUUCGCGCAGCUGUUGGAGCGCUGCCUGUCGAAGGGCGUGGUGGCGUUGUGCGUGUUCACGCCCCGGCAGCACAGCGCGCCGAGGUUCGUGGCCCUCCUGCCGCAGCGUGAGGAGUUGGACGAGUGCAAAGUGCAGGUGAUGCCCCCGGGCUUCCACCUCGUCUACCUGCCCUUUGCAGAUCAAGUCCGGAAGCUACCACUUGAUCCAAUACCAUCUGCCACGCCAGAGCAAGUGGAGCUAGCCAAGAAUGUCGUCGAGAAGUUGAAAUUCACGUACAGCCCGUACCAGUUCGACAACCCCAAGCUGCAGACCCAGUGGAGGAAUAUUGAAACCCUGGCGUUGGGCUACGAUGAGCCUCGGGAAGUCACAGACUAUACAGUUCCGAAUCAAGAUAUCAUGGAUAAAAAAUUAGGAGCUCUAGCAGAUGAGUUUGUGAAAGCCACCAAGUUAAAUGAAGUUUCUCUAAAGAAGCCUUCAAAGAGACCAGAUAACAGCACAACUCAAGGUGCCAAACAGCCCAAAAUAUUGAAAACUGGCAUGGAAGAAAUAGUAAAACAGGGAAAGGUGGAGGGCCUGAAGGUGGAUGAACUAAAAUCAUACCUACAAAGUGAGGGUGUGAAAGUCACUGGUUUGAAGAAAGCAGAUUUGGUCAGGGAAGUGUACACUUUGUUCAGAGCGUGAUGAUACAUAAUAGCACUUUUUUCUGUAUUCUUUUUAAAACAACAAAAUGUGUAUUUUUCUUCUAUGUACAUUAUGCAUCUGUGAUAUCUGUAUUGUUUGUUAUCACAUUCUAAAUUUGGUUGGCUAUGCUUAUGCAUUGUACAAUUAAAAAAUUAAUUUUUUGCAGAUUUCAGACUCAUUCCAGUCUAGUUCAUUAAAUUUCUGUUGUUUUUAUGCUAUCGGAUCAUUAAAUAUUGGGAGUUGAAACUGAUGUAAUUUUCUGGUUUUACCACUUGCCUUUCCAAGAAAUGAAAUUCAGGCCUAGAGGGUCCUUAGUGGCCGUAGUUGAAAACACGUCACAGUCAUAUGACUAGGGCUUUGGGUUCUAUUCCACCCUCUGGUAAGACCCAAAUUCAUGAGCUAUUCAGUACCUAAGUGGUUUGGAGCUUACCAUAGUCUUGGAGGUCCCAUUGCCGAAAGCUUUUGUCCAUUCCUGUGUGAACGUAACAAACAGUACCGUUUACUUUUACUUCCAAAGACCCACAGUGAUCAAAUGGUCUCAUCACCUGCUUCUCAUCGGGUGACCUGAUUUUGAUUCCCGAUGGGGUCAAACCCAGAUUUUUCUCAAGUGGGAAAUAUGACAGGUGUUGCUGUGAUGUCACUCCAGUUUGCUCCAUCCAUUCAUUCCAGCAUUUCUCCAUUUACAUAAUUUCACCUUUCAUCGUAUCUUAUAACCCCAGUGUGGUAGAGAUGUGAUUCAUUCAUGUAUUUAUACAAAAUUACUUUUUUUUUGUAUAGCUCUGAAAUUAAAGCUGAAAUAUAUUUGCAUAGAUAUUUUUGUAAAA